AUGUUUUCUGUUGCAAUUCAUGAUACUAAGACAUCUGUUGUUCCUUUCUUGUGUUCAUGUACUGAAGAUAUGCCAUUGCCAUCAGAGUCUGACAAGUGGGGAUGGGAUCAUGUUAGUGUGUUUGGUGGGUUUGACAGGGGAAGUGGCACUAAGAGAUGGAAAUGUAACCACUGUAAUUUAAGGUAUAAUGGAUCUUAUUCGCGUGUUAGAGCCCACCUUCUUGGGUUCUCAGGUGUUGGGGUCAAAAGUUGCCCUGCGAUAGACAGAUCCUUAAGAGAAGCAUUUCAGAUCCUAGAAGAGGAGCGCCUUGCUCGGAAAAAGAAAAAAAACUCUGGAAAUGGAAAGCCUAGUAAACACAUACGGGCCUCACUGGCAAGUCAUAGCUGGAAAACUACCACUAAAGAAGAUGUAGAUGAUAAUGUAGCAAGAUUUUUCUAUGCUGAUGGAUUGAAUAUCAAUAUUGUGAAUUCUCCUUACUUUCAUGAAAUGGUGAAGACAAUUGCUGUUUUUGGUUCUGGGUAUGAACCACCAUCAGUAGAAAAGUUGUCUGGUUCUUUGUUAAAUAAGGAGAAAGGAAGGAUAGAGAAAGCCUCGUCUCUUAUUAGGGAAUCAUGGCCUCACACAGGGUGCACAAUACUAUGUGUCAAUCGAGUUGAUGCCACUCUAGGCCUCUUCCAUAUUAGUGUAUUUGUCUCUAGUCCGAGGGGAUUGAUAUUCUUGAAAGCGUUAGAUGUACAUGAUGAUGUUGAUGCAGAUGAUGUCUUUGCUUGUGCCCUUAGUGAUGCAAUUAUUGAAGUUGGGCCCAAAUAUGUGCUUCAGGUAAUUUCGUGUCUAGGACAUGCCUGCAAAUCAUCUGAAUCCAUCAUAUCAUUGAAGUUCCCAUACAUAUUUUGGUCUCCUUGUACUUCAAAUUCUGUUCGUACAUUGAUGGAAGAAAUGGCUGAACUUGAGUGGAUUAAACCUUCUGUCUUGUGUGCUAAGGCAAUUGAGCAAUGUAUGCUGACAUAUCAACAUUCAUUUCCAGGCCAAUUUAGUCAAAAUCUGAAGGACUUUCCUGACCAGCAGGCCACCAAGUUUGCGCCUUCCUACUGUCUUAUCAAAAAAAUUUUUGAGCUAAAGCAAGUCCUUCAAGUAGUUGUUGGUGGUGAAGAAUGGAAACAAUGGAAGCAUAGUGUUCUGCAGGACCAUGUAGUAGUUGAAUCUGCCAUUCUAGGGGAUGAUUUCUGGGGCAAAGCUGAUUUACUGUUGCAGUUAUAUGAGCCUUUUGUUGCACUACUUUCUACAAUUGAUGUCGACAAAUCUGUGAUGGGUGCCAUCUAUGAUUGGCGCGUUCAGGCACUAGAAGCCCUGAGGGACAGAAUUGAUAGCACUGCAUUAUUAAGUCAGGUGGAAGUUCUAAUGGAGGAUAGGUGGGACAUGCUAUUUUCCCCUCUUCAUGCUGCAGGUUACAUAUUGAACCCUAGAUAUUUUGGAAGAGGUCAGUUGAAAGAUAAAAACGUUAUGCGUGGUUGGAAAGCAACUCUUGAGAAAUACGAGUGUGAUGGUGGUAGCAGACGGAUUCUUAGAGAACAACUCAGCUCUUACUGGCGACUAGAGGGAUCCUUCGGAGAGGAGGAUGCUGUAGAUUGUAGAGAUAAGAUGGACCCAGUUGCAUGGUGGGAGAACUUUGGUUUUGAAACGUCCGACUUACAGACACUAGCUAUAAAAGUACUGAGUCAGGUUGCAAGUGUCUCCUGCUGUGAAGAAAUAUGGGAAUGUAGUAGUGACUUCCCAUGUCAAGAAGCUGCCAACAAGUUGGGAGUGGAGAGAGUGGAAGAUAUUGUUUUUGUUCGCAAUAAUCUUAGACUCCAUAGCCAAAGAAGUACAAGCUAUGUGUUUGGCCUGAGAAAUACGUAUUCAAGUUCUCCAUCUGGAAUUAAAGACACGGGAUACCUUCAGCUUCAAGCUUCAACUUGAAAAUUUUGAUUGUAGUGUUUUGUAUAGUGACGGAGUUACUGUAAUUUAUUUUUUGGGAUAAAGCAAAUUACAGUAACUUGUAAAUAUGAUUGAAGCUUGUGAGAAGGAACUUAUGGAGAUUAAGUUGGUGGGAUGUGUUAUUUUUUAAGAAAUAAAAAUUGGAAAAAGGUUGAUGAA